CCUCCUUUGUGAGGUAAUCCGAAACCACAGCGUCUUUCUGCGGCCAUGGUAACACAGACGAGUAACGGACUGCUGCACAGAAGGACCGGAAUAAGUUCUUUUUAGAAGCUCCGGCAGUAACAUGAAUUUGACAGAGAUCUGCGACAAUGCCAAGAGAGCACGAGAGUACGCCCUCCUGGGGAACUAUGACUCCUCCAUGGUGUACUACCAGGGUGUGGUGCAGCAGAUCCACAAACACUGCCAGUCUCUCAGAGACCCUGCGCUGAAGGUCAAAUGGCAACAGGUGAGGCAACAGCUGGUAGAAGAGCAUGAUCAGGUGAAGGGUAUUAUUAGCACUCUGGAGAGCUUUAAGGUGGACAAGCCAAUGGACUUCCCAACCCCCCAGCCAGAGGAGAGUCCAGCAGACCCCACGGUCUGGCCGCCACCCAUUCCAGCUGAGCACAGGGCUCCUGGCCAGGUGAAAAGACCCAAUACUGGGGUGAAAUCCCAGCGGAAAGAGUCUCCUGGACUUCAACACCGAGGUGGUGUAGGCCGAACACAGCCGAACCCUAAGGCAGACAAGGCAGGACCCAGGGAUGCAAAAGGGGUCAAGACCAAAGAAGAAAAAGGUAAGAAGAAUGCUCAGGAGGGGGCUGUGGAAGGUGAGCUGAAGAGAUUUGACAGCACAGGCUAUGACAAUGACCUAGCCGACGCCCUCGAGAGGGACAUUGUAUCACGGAAUCCCAAUGUCCACUGGGAUGACAUUGCUGAUCUGGAAGAUGCUAAGAAGCUUCUGAGGGAGGCUGUGGUGUUGCCUAUGUGGAUGCCAGACUUCUUCAAGGGUAUCCGACGGCCUUGGAAGGGUGUUUUGAUGGUGGGACCCCCAGGCACUGGAAAGACCAUGCUGGCAAAGGCUGUAGCCACUGAAUGUGGAACCACCUUCUUCAAUGUCUCUUCUUCUACACUCACCUCCAAGUACCGGGGGGAGUCAGAGAAACUGGUGCGACUGCUGUUUGAAAUGGCGCGUUUUUAUGCCCCAACUACAAUCUUCAUCGAUGAGAUAGAUUCCAUCUGCAGCCGCCGGGGUACAUCAGAUGAGCACGAAGCCAGUCGGCGGGUCAAGUCUGAGCUGCUGGUUCAGAUGGAUGGUGUUGGGGGAGCACUGGAGAAUGAUGACCCCUCCAAGAUGGUGAUGGUUCUGGCUGCCACCAACUUCCCCUGGGACAUUGAUGAAGCUCUGAGGCGAAGGCUGGAGAAGAGAAUUUAUAUUCCUCUUCCAACAGCCAAAGGGCGGGCAGAGCUGUUGAAGAUCAACCUGCGUGAGGUGGAGGUGGCGCCUGAUGUGGACCUCGCGCUUAUUGCUGAGAAAAUCCAGGGCUACUCUGGGGCUGACAUCACCAACGUGUGCAGGGAUGCCUCCAUGAUGGCCAUGCGGCGACGCAUCCAGGGUCUGGCACCUGAGGAGAUUCGCGCCUUGUCCAAGGAUGAAUUGCAGAUGCCUGUCACUAUGGAGGACUUUGAGCUUACCCUCAAGAAGAUCUCUAAAUCUGUCUCUGCUGCAGAUUUGGAGAAGUAUGAGUCCUGGAUGGCAGAGUUUGGGUCAGUGUAGCUGGAGAUUGGGGCACACUCCCUAGGCACCCAUACUCCAAGGAGUAGGAUCUGUAUCACAAAUGGAGGGCUGGAAUGCUGAUUCUGGGACAUCCAUACUUCCCUACCUAACACCCUCCUCCAGAUACUGCAAAUAAUACUUGAAAAGGAUAUCCUUUAUGUCUCAUAACACUCUUCAUUUCCAAAACACAUUGAUCUGACGCAUACAACUAGUCAUAAAUCAUUCACUCACACACUCAAUGGAAUAUAGGAUUAAAAAAGUCAUAUGUAGUCUUGAAAGUUUCCAGUCCUGAUGCUCUUUAUUACACAGUGCAAAGGACUGAUACUUUGGCAUUAUGAUCACCAUAAGCCUCAGUAGUAUAUUUUGUAACACUAAAAAUCAGAGUCAGAGCAAUUCAUUAAAACAGUCAGUUUCCUCCUCAUCCUGAAGAAGAUCACAGUGGUUAUGUGGUCUCCUCUCAGUGGAAUGUACCCCAUGUAGUUCCAGUGGGAGCCAACCAGAGGACAUUCUUAUGAUAUGCCCAAACCACCUCGGCUGACUUCUCUUGUUUUGGAGGAAUAACAAUUCUAUUCUGAGGCUCUCCUAGAUCGCCAGACUUCUCAACCUGUCGUGAAGAAUGAGCCCAGUGAUCCUGUGGAGAAACGUAAUUUCUGCUGCUUAUAUCUGUAGUGUUGUUCAUGUGGUCACUACCCAAAGCUCAUGACCAGAGGGGAGGAUGAGAGAAGUAAAUUGAGGCACACUGAAGGUGACAGUUGCAUGAGAUCAGAAGGACAACAUCAUCUGUGAACAGCAGAGAUGCCACCCUUAGUCCCUCCAGCUGGAUAGCCUCUGAGCUUCUGCUGUUUUGAUAUCUUGUCCAUUAAAUUAUUAACAAUAGUGGAGAAAAAACAACCUUGGUAGAAUAUAGACUAUAGACACGUUUCAAACAGAGCUCAAAAAUUGAUUGGAUAGUACACACCAGUGGCCCACAUUCCUGCAGUACCUCCCAUUGCGCAUUCCAGGUGAUGUAGUCAAAUGCCUUAUCCAAGUCUGAAAAAUCUAUGUAGAUAGAAUUUGUGUAUUUCUAUGGCCCAUCAAGCAACUGUGCUAAGUAGAAGAGCUGUUCCGCUGUUAACAUCUCUAGUCAAAUCUCAAACCCUGCAGCCUUACCACCAUGUAGCCCUCAUACCAGCAGCGUGAUGUCAGGAAUAGUGGUGGUUUUUCAUCCACCAGAAAUGUCAAAACAUUGACUGCCUUCUUAUAAGAAGGCAUGCUCACCUGCUUGAGGAGUUCCUCAAAGUGUUCCACUUUCUUCUGAACAGUCUCCCCUGGAUGGUCUAUCCAGUUCUUCCUAUACCCAAGCUUUUGCUUUAGCAACUGCCUUUGCUGCAGUUAUUUUGGCCUGCUGAUACCCUUCAGUCAUAUCAGGAGGUCCCUCUCAAAGCAUUGAAGUUCAGAUGUAGUGAGCUAUUCCUCCCAGUCAUGCCCCCAUCAUCCCAAAGUGAAUGUUGCUUUCUAAGCAAGCUGAAUACUGUGAACAGUUAUUUGGUGCAUGCACACAAUUUUUUUCUCUGUGACUCAGUCGAAUUGAGGCAACACACUCAUUGUCCAGGAAUAACUCCAGAGCCCUCAAAUAGGGACUUGUAUCUACACUCCCACACAGAGCCUUUCAAGGAUGAACUCCAGGUUAGGAGAGAGACCACCCUAAUCAAAAAGCUUGCUUUUAGAGCCGAUGGAAAGUGAAGAGGUGACACAGAGACUAACCGUUACUUUUCCACUUCCCACACCUUCUCAGGCCCCUUCCACAAACACGUGAGGUUCCAAGUCCAAGAGGGUUUAGUUCCUCUAGUUCUGUGCCACUCAUUCCUGCUACUUGUCUGGAAAAAUACGAACCCCAUCCUGUCAUCAGAUUUUUUUUCCACAGUGUCAUGUAGGGCUGAACUUGACUAAGUUAUUUGGUUUGCCCAGCCAUUAGAUGUUCACUGACAUGUGAACUAAACCGGGGUACGUUCAGGUAAUCUUUGCAAACUGGUGGGUCUUUAUGGACCUAUUUGGCAAAGGGAGAUCCACCAAGAGCACAAGGCUCCGGGCAUUGUAACGCUGAGCUAGUCCCAUAGCUCCACCACCUAAAGGUGGUCAUGGUCCCUUGGUGGAGCAAAUCAUUUAACAAUCAGUAAAUUAAGACAUAAAUCUGAAAUGUUGGUCACAAAGAUUGUGCAGAGUGUGUGAGUUUAGUUUCUUUACUAUUGAUUUUUGCACACUUGAAGCCAUACAUUGAAUAAUUUGGAAAUUAAGGCACAUACCACUUCAGAUAUUCUGUAAAUCAUCAUUGAGCCAGUUAGUAUUUGCUGAGGUGUGGAGGUUAGAACAUGUUAUGUCUUCAAAUGCACUGUCAUGUUGCACACUGAAAAACCUGUGGGAAGAGCCACUAACUUCAUUUACAUUUUUAAUUUAACUUGUGUUUGCCGUUAUCUUUUAAUGAGUGUUUUGAGUACAAUUCAAAAGGGUCACCAGAGGUGCACCUUUGUUCUAGCUGAAUGUCUUGAAAUAUGUGAUCAUGAAUGUUAAGAAAAUGCCGAUGCAGUGUGUGUCUGGCAGUCUUUAGGUACAGAGACUUAACUUUUUGUCCAUGUAAUUUACUAUGUCUUCGUUUUUGGUGUAAAUGUUAUUGAAACUAAUAAACAAGUUGUUUAAACUGUGAAAAA